GUGGUGGCGGUGGUGGUGGUUGGGCCGCCAUGGAUAUCCUGAAGGGGGAGAUCAGCCGGAAGCGGCAGCAGCUGGAGGAGAAGGAGCUCCUGGGGGGAAGUAAAAAAUAUUUCAAACGCAGUGACUUAGCUAAAAAAGAAGAGGAGGCCUAUUUCCAGAGAUGUGGCUACAAGGUACAGGAGGAAGAAGAGGAAGAGAAACCACUGACUUCAUCAAAUCCAGUGCUGGAGCUCGAACUAGCAGAAGAAAAGUUACCAAUGACCCUUUCCAGACAGGAGGUUAUCAGGAGGUUACGAGAGAGAGGUGAGCCCAUCAGGCUGUUUGGGGAAACAGACUAUGAUGCAUUUCAGCGCCUGAGGAAGAUAGAAAUUCUUGCACCUGAAGUGAACAAGGGUCUGAGAAAUGACCUGAAGGCUGCUUUGGAUAAGAUCGACCAGCAGUAUCUGAAUGAAAUCGUAGGCGGCCAAGAAGCAGGAGAUGAUGACUCACAGAAUGACUUGAAAGUCCAUGAGGAGAACACUACUAUUGAAGAACUAGAAGCUUUGGGAGAAUCCUUAGGACGGGGCGAUGAUCACUAUGACAUGGACAUCAUAACAAAGUUCUUGAAGUUUCUUCUUGGCGUUUGGGCGAAGGAGUUGAAUGCCAGGGAAGACUAUGUGAAACGGGGAGUGCAGGGGAAGCUGAACAGUGCCACACAGAAGCAGACAGAAUCCUACCUGAGGCCGCUCUUCAGAAAGCUUCGGAAAAGGACACUUCCUGCAGACAUCAAAGAAUCAAUAACAGAUAUCAUUAAAUUCAUGUUGCAAAGAGAAUAUGUGAAGGCAAAUGAUGCCUAUCUCCAGAUGGCCAUUGGAAAUGCUCCCUGGCCCAUUGGUGUCACCAUGGUUGGUAUCCACGCUCGAACGGGUCGUGAGAAGAUCUUCUCCAAGCAUGUAGCCCACGUUCUCAAUGAUGAAACUCAGAGGAAAUACAUACAGGGGCUGAAGAGGCUCAUGACCAUUUGCCAGAAGCACUUCCCAACAGACCCAUCCAAGUGUGUGGAGUACAACGCGUUGUGAGGCUCUGCAGCGGUCAAGCCGUGACUCAUGUUUCCAUCUCCAGGACCCAGAGAGGGUUGAAGAGGCAGUUUGUGCUUUCACACCAACAGGACAUGUGGUGGGCUUUGAGGAAAAGCACAAAGCAGCAGAUUUUCCACAGCUCCUUUUUUACAAGCCCCGUUUAUUUAGAUUUCCCUUUAAAUCUGUGCUUUAUCCUGAGCACAUCCAGUCUACAGCAGAGGGGGGAGGUUUGAAGGGCUUAUGACCAGGGGACAAUGAAUCCUUGCCUUUAUUUCAUUCUGUUAUUCAGGGGACUGUGCAGACUGAAUUGUUUCCCAUAUCUUAAGAGCUUUAGGUGCUACUCAGCCCUGCAAGGAGCAUACGUGGAGCUUUUUUGGCUUCUUUCCCAUUGGAGACUGAUGCGGGGAGGUGAUUAGAGGGAAGCAGUUGAAGCUGAAUCUUGGUUGUUUCUGUAAAUACAAAGACUUUAUUGGCUAAUC